AUGAGCGGUGGCGAUGGCGAAAGCAGCUACGCCGCCAACUCCAGACUUCAAGAGAAGGCCAUACUCAAGUCAAGGCCGCAGCUUCAUGAUGCCGUGGAGGCAGCGCACGCCUUGUUGCUCCCCUCCGGGUCGGGCAAGGGCACGACGAUGGUGGUGGCCGACCUCGGCUGCUCGUCGGGGCCCAACACGCUGCUGGUCGUCUCUGAGGUGCUCGGCGCGUUUGCCAGCCGCUGCGAGAAGAAGCCGGUGCACGUCCAGUUCUUCCUGAACGACCUCCCCAGCAACGACUUCAACCUCGUAUUCCGGUCCCUGGAGCUCUUCACCAAGGGCAAGGGAGCAACCUGGCCUCCCUACUACAUUGCCGGGUUGCCAGGCUCCUUCUACGCAAGACUCUUCCCUGACCGGUCCGUCCACCUCUUCUACUCCUACUGCCUCAUGAUACGCUCUAAGGUGCCCGCGGAUCUCGUUAGCGGCGCGAUCCUGAACCAAGGCAACAUAUACAUCUGGGAGACAACGCCGCCGUCAGUGGUGAAGCUGUACCAGGAGCAGUUCCUCGAGGACAUGUCGCUGUUCCUCAAGCUACGCCACACUGAGCUCGUGGCCAGCGGCCAGAUGGUUCUGACAUUCCUGGGCAGGAAGAACAGUGACGUUCUGCGCGGCGAGAUGAGCUGGAUAUAA